CGGGGAACUGGGAAGAGAAGGGGCUGGAGGGGAAGGGGCUGAGCUGCCCACAUGCUCCCUGUCUCUCCUUUCCAGCUGCUCUCGCCCUGUGCUCACCUCACUCUGGACUUCAAUGUCAUUUGCAAGGGGAUCACUGUCAGACUCACUUGGACGAGCACCCCGGCCUCCAGGGCCCUCUUUACUUUCACGGGCUGUGUCACAGGCAGAGAUGAGACAAGAUAGUUUCUCAGCCCCACCUCAGCGCCCCUCCCCCGCCAGGGCCUGUGCCGCCCAAGUUCCCCUUCCGAGGUGACCACAGCUCUGUCACACACGGCUUCCUGUUGGGGCUCCCGUGGCCUCCCCCACAUUAGCACAUUUCCCUCCCUGACAGACGGACCUGGAUCCGGGCUCCUGCCCUGGUCCCUGCGGACAUGGUGCCUCUGCUGCUGCUGCUCCUGCUGUGGGGGGGGUCCCCACAGGAGGAUCCAGGGAUCCAGCUGCGAGUGCAGGAACCCGUGACGGUGCAGGAGGGUCUGUGUGUCCACGUGAGCUGCUCCUUCUCCUACCCCUGGAGAACUGGGUCUUCCAGGAAGAUGCUCUAAGUAUACUGGUUCCGGGGUUGGGACACCUCAAGCAACAGUCAUCCAGCGGCUACAAACAACCCAGGGAGACCAGUGAAGACAGACACCAAGGGCCGAUUCCAGCUCACAGGGGACCCCAGGACAGGCGACUGCUCCCUGAGAAUCAGAGAGGCCCGGAGGAGCGACGAGGGAGUCUACUACUUCCGAGUGGAGAGAGGAGAGGACGUGAAAUACACUUACAGAGAUAUGCCGCUGACUGUGAAGGUGACAGAUCUGACACAGGAACCAGACAUCCACGUCCCGGAGCCCCUGGAGUCUGGCAGGCCCGCACAGCUGACCUGCAGCCUGCCGGGGUCCUGCGAAGGGGGAAGGCCUCUCACAUUCUCCUGGGCGGGGGCUGCUCUGGACUCGCUGGACCCCAACACCCUGCACUCGUCGGUGCUGGGCUUCACCCAGAGGCCGCAGGACCAUGGCACCAACCUCACCUGUCAGGUGAAACUGCCAGGAGCUCAGGCCACCCUGGAAAGAACCAUCUGGCUCAAUGUCUCCUAUGCUCCCCACAACCUCACCAUAGGCAUCUUCUUCAGCAAUGUCACAGCCUUCAGGAUUCUGGAAAACACCUCAUCCCUUGACAUCUGGGAGGGCCAGGCUCUGCGGCUGCUCUGUGCUGCUGCCGGCAACCCCCCUGCCGAGCUGAGCUGGUUCCGGGGGUACCCCGCCCUGAAUGCCACCCCCGUGGGCACGAACCACACUCUGGAGCUGCCUCGAGUCGGGGCUGAGGAAGGAGUCCUCACCUGCCAAGCCCAGAACUCGCUGGGCUCCCAGCACGUCUCCCUGCAUCUCUCUGUGGUCUACCCGCCGCGGCGGCUCAGCCCCUCCUGCUCCUGGGAGGGCGAGGGGCUGCGCUGCACCUGCUCCUCCGCAGCCCGGCCGGCCCCCACCCUGCGCUGGCGGCUGGGGGAGGGGCUGCUGGAGGGGAACCGCAGCAACGCCUCCCUGACCGUCACCUCUAGCUCCGCGGGGCCCUGGGCCAACAGCUCCUUGAGCCUCAUUGGGCCGCUGGGCUCCGACCUCAGACUCAGCUGCGAGGCCCGGAACGCACACGGGGCCCAGAGCGCCACCGUCCUGGUGCUGCUGCCAGCGAAGUCGCUCUCCCUGGCAGAAGCCGCGUCUGCAGCUGUGGGAGGCGCUGGAGCCUCGGCUCUGCUGUGCCUGUGCUUGUGCGCGCUCUUCUGCAUAGUGAAAGCCCGCAGGAAGCAAGCAUCUGGGGGUCGAGAGGUCAUGGAUGAUGAAGACCCUGUCAUGGGUACUGUCGCCUGGGGGUCCAGGAAGAAGCCCUGCCCAGAUGGCGCCCCAGACCAAGUGACCCUGGCCGGGGAUGCCCCUCCCUCUGAGGAGCAGCAGGAGCCCCAUUACGCCUCCUUCAGCUUCCACGGGAUGAAGGAGAGGGAACCUCAGGACCAGGAGGCCACCAGCACCAGCGAGUACUCAGAGAUCAAGAUAAGCAAGUGAGGGCUGCCGGAGCUCGGUGGCGGCCCCAGGAAUCCCAGCGCUGGGGGGAAAGGAGAGUCAGGCACCAGCUGAUGAAGUGUGUGGAGCCCUGUGGCAAUACGAAAGAGCAGGACUGUCCACACAUCCCCGGGGGGAGCAGAUCUGAGCUCAAACGCAGGCUGUCAAGCAAAUCACUUCAUCUCUCCAUGCUUCGGUUUCCUGUUCUGUGAAUCAGAGAGAGAUCUCGCAUUCUGCCUUGAAGGUGGUUGUGAACAGUAAAGAAAUUAACACACAGAAAUCAGCCAAUGGAGGUCCUGUUGCACCAUGAGGGCUCAGUGCCUACUGAUCUCUCUUCUUUGGACAGAAAGGUCCUGCCGGAAAGUUACCCUGGGGCUGAGGGUGACCAGGUCCAGGGCACACAGUAGCAACUGGCUGGUGUCAUUCUCCUUCAGAGCCUCCCCAGGGAAAGACCAGCCCCUCAGUCUGGUUUUUGGUUUCACUAUACAGCAUCAUAUCAUCUCUGUGGAGUCUUCUCAUCACACUUGUAUCUGUCAAUUCUUCCAGCACAUUCCGACACCUCCUGACUUCCAGUCCCUUCCCUGUCUCACUUAUGGGCUCCACAGGGAUCUGUCCAACAGCCAGAGAGCUGACCUUGAGUCUCCCACACAAACCCGUUCAAGGCUCUCUAGGCUUAGACAGUACAUCACAAGCAUCCGCCCCUGCCCCCAGCAUUUAAAGUCCACCAACCCCCCCACCCCUGCUAUCUACUGUUAGAAAAGAAACAACGGGCCCCAAAUGGAGGGAGGUACUUUCCCCCACAACAGCAAACCUAAGAUUCACUGAUGUUUCCGCCUCUCCCAGAAAUGCGACCUUUACACGGUCGUUCUGAAAUUUCCUGAUCAGCACUGAUGAGGUCACCUGCAGGGUAAGAUCUUCCCCCCAAAAGAUGGCCCGAUCUGAAAAAAAAAAUCCUUCCUUUCUUUUGAGAAUACUUCCUUCUGCCACCCUCCUGCCUAUAAACACCUUCCGCUACUUACAACUCCUCAGAGCACCUCUUUACUGAAAGGGAUGCUGCCGGAUUCAUUAGUCUGAAUAAAGGCAAUUACAUGCCCUGA